AUGGAUAAAUUCAAAAACAUUUUUACAACUAGCCAAGAUGAUGAGGAAUCUGCAACGUCUGUAACUGCUAUUUCUGAUGCUUCUACACUCAGUUGGUCCACAAGAAUUAAAGGGUUUGUGAUCUGCUUUGUCCUUGGAGCAACUUUUUCAAUUCUGGGAUCCAGUUUGCUAUUUGUGAGUAAAAAAGGAUUAGUUCUUUUUGCUGUUUUUUAUACCCUAGGAAAUAUUCUUUCACUUUCAAGCACUUGCUUUUUGAUGGGACCAAUGAACCAAUUAAAGAAAAUGUUUGCCAAGACACGGGUUAUAGCAACAGUGUUGGUCUUUGUGAUGUUCAUUUUGACACUUGUUUCAGCUUUUGCAAUUAAAAACUCUGGGUUGGCUAUUUUGUGUUGCAUUCUUCAGUUCUUGGCCCUCACUUGGUAUUCAUUGUCUUACAUUCCAUUUGCAAGAGAUGCUGUCAAGAAAUGUUUUGCUUCAUGUGUGGAGUAA